AUGUGCAAGGCCAACAAGUCAUUUGUAAGUCAUCUUCUAAACAUAGUUAAAGUCAGCUUCUAAACAUAGUCACCUAUAUAUUGAUACAGUAGGCUUACCUUAUAUUUCUAGAAAGAAAAGCAAAUCUGUGACGAGAAGGUGAUCAAAUGGCUGAUGGAGCGCUACCAAGCCAAGGUGGUACCGGUCGAAACGCGCCACUCAUUCGAACGCUUUCAUUCUCCGCGACUAACCGAAGCUGAAUUCGAGGCCAAGCCAGUGAUCAUGCUGCUAGGACAGGUAAGCCAUUCUGGUUAGUAUAAAGGUCAAGUGAUCUUAAUGAGUAUACUCAAACAAAUAUACUCAUAAUGGGUAUAAUCAAACCCAAGCAAAAGAGAUUGAUGAUUAUGUUACAGUACUCGACUGGAAAGACCUCCAUGAUCAAAUACUUGUGCAACGAAGAAUACCCUGGAUCGUCGAUUGGCCCUGAACCGACUACUGACAGUUUCAACGUCGUACAUUACGCAGAAGAACCGCACAUCACUGAAGGAAUGUCUCUUACCGAAGACACACGAUUUCCGUUUCAAGUAAGUACUUUUAGGCCAUAUCGCGUAACAAUAUUUUUUAAUAAGUAGUUCAUGACAAUGAUAGACUUACUAUACAUAUAGUGCACGUUUUUAAAUAGAAUUGACAAAUUACAUGUGUAUUUAGGGACUAAAAUCAUUCGGAACGACAUUCUGUAGCCAUCUGAGAGGCUGCGGCUUAAACGCUCCUCUUCUGAAGUACAUGAGUCUACUAGAUACUCCUGGGUUACUAGCUGGUGAGAAACAUACGACUCAUAGACAAUAUGACUUCAACAAAGUCAUCAAGUUCCUGAGCGACAAGGUCGACCUCAUCUUUCUGUUGUUUGAUACCACCAAGUUGGACACGACCGAAGAACUGAAACAAGUCAUCAACUGCCUGCGGGGGAACGAAGAAAAGGUACUGUAACAUGAUUUGUUUAUAUUGUUGAUUAGUAAGGGGUCUUAAAAGCACGGUAACAAAUUAUUUAUACAAUGAUUGCACUUUAGGUCAGAAUCCUACUGAACAAGGCUGAUUUGGUGGACGAAGCCGAAAUGAUCAGAGUCCGCGGAGCACUAAUGUGGAACUUGAGCAAGAUCCUGGUUGCCCCAGAAGUACCACGGGUUUACAUUGGUUCGUUCACAAGAAAUCCUAUUGAUGUAAGACUUCUUUUUUGAUAAAAAAUGACAAAAUGAUAUGUGUAAAACUUAUAAUGACAAUCACCAUAGCUGACCUUUUAGCCAACUGUCAUGAACACAUACAAAGAGGACUACCUGGACAUGUUCAGCGAGAUACUGUGGUGUGUGAAUCGAGCUCGGAGCCGAAAGAUCAACGACCUGAUCAAGAGAAUCCAAGUGGUCGAGAUUCAUGCUGGACUGAUGACAUUUUUAUGUGGAAGCAAGUGGGUAAGUUAACAUAGUGUGAUUCUUGGACAAAAUGCAUAAUUGUCUACUAGCAUUACAUACUUCAAAAAAUAUAUUAGGUAUCCUAACUAUAAACUUCCGCUGACUUUUACAAGUUAUAACUUUUGUGAAAAUUAAUAUUAUUUGACGGGAUUUGUUUUGUUUUGUAGCUUGUUUCAAUGCAAAUCGAACGAUAUAUAAUACUUGUAUGUUUGUCUUUGUCUACUUGGAAAAAUCUGGGUAAAAAUUGACUAAGCUCAGUUUGGAGGUGCGAUAUCGCAUGCAACUGUGUAUUUAAACAAGGUAAAAGUGCGAUUGGAUGCCAUCGUACGUUUGCAGAAGUUUUUGGAGAAGAAGUUAUAAGUAUUAGACAUGUGCAGGCGUGGUUUUCAAAGUUUCAUACUGUGAACCUUGACCUUGUGGACAAACAACACAAACGAGGUCAUGAAGUGGCAGAUGCCAUCAACUGCUUGAGUUAAAUACUAAUUUAGCAACAGUGGAGUUGUCGCAUAUUCUUCCCCGUACCUCGCAAACCAUCGCCAAUCAUCUUCACAAACUAGGAAAGCUCAACAAAAGUGGCAGGCGGGUGCUCCACGAACUCAGUGAUUCCAACAUGGCGCUAAGGGUCAAUACUUGUGAUAUUUUUCGCUUGUCCAAAACCCGAGCUUUUUUUCAACCAAUUAUUACUUCGGAUGAAAGAUGGAUACUGUACGAUAUAAAGAAGGUCAAAAGACAAUAGAUUGAUAUUGGUUCAAAAGCUAUACCUACUUCGAAACCUGACCUUUGGUAAACAAAACCUUCCGUUGCGUAUGGUGGUCUACCACGGGAAUAGUGUACAACGGGUUUCUGAAACCUGGAUAAAUAAUUACGGCAGAUGUCUACAAUGAACAAUUGAAACGAAUCAACCAUGCUCUCUACUUUCUGGGUAUUGAUAUUUCCACUGUGAAACUUUGGCAAGAUGCCGCUCGAACUCACAGUGCAAAGAUGACGUCAUAAGUUCUUGGUGAAUUGAGCUGGACUGUAAUGCCUAUACCGCCCUACAGUCCCGACAUUGCUCCUUCUGAUUAUCAUGUAUUCAGAAGGCUGAAAGGUCGCAUUGCAUUUCAAAAAUGGCGCUGAAGUCAUGUUAUAGGGUGAAGAUUUCUUUAUGACACAGCUGAGGUAGUUCCACAGUUCUGGCAUUCACGUUUUGAAGGAACGUUGUAGAGAAGGCAUAGACAAUGUUAGAGUAUGUAUCUCAGAAUAAUUAGUUUUGUUUCGAUUGUUAUAAUAAAAAUAAGUUUGUUAAAAAAUGGAAGUUUAUAGUUAGGAUACCUAAUAACUGUUAAAACUUUUUGAAUAAAUAAAUUUCAGAAGUUCCCAAACAGUCCUCACGGCAUGGCCAAGAUGCUGAACGAGGGCAGAAUCAGGCAAAAGUUCAUGGAAUACAGAAUCAUCAGACGCAAAAUGCUACAAGACUUACCGGACAAAGACGUAAUAAAGUUUUUAAAUUAAUAUACUGUAUUAAUAAUCAAUGUCUGGUCUUUCAGUACGGUAAUGUUCCUUUUACCGUAAUAAUUUAGCAAUUCCGAAAAAUCGCGGUGGAAACCAAUCGGAAGGAUUGGGUGAAAGAGGACCCGAGACUGAUGAAGCAACUGCACGACUUCCUCGAAACUGACAUUCCAGCGUGAGUUUAUCUCUUAGAUGUAACAAUCCAGAGCAAAACUUUAAUCAAAACACUUGAAAUGUUAAUUUAGUGCCCUGGUAACUAUGGAGUACGAUGAAAACCCCUCUGCGGAACUGCAGUUCGUGUUCAAGGACCUGAUCGACGCCAUCGAAAAGGCCCCACCUAUACCACCUACAUCGCGAUUGGAUGACGAUGACAAAGUCACUGCUGAAACCACUACUCAUGGAGGUAACACCAGGACUGUCGAAGUUCCUAGCCAAGCUGGUGGAGUCAUCACGGCCGUUGGGGCUGGUCCACCUCAAGCUGGCGGAGACCCCACUGCUCAAGGUGCCAAUACCCAGACUGGAGCACCUAAAACCAAAGUCGGAAUCUCGGACCCGCCAAUUCAUGUUUACAAAAAGGCUACCACGCCCCCUGUUGUCCCCUCUCAAGCUUAA